AUAUGUAGUGACAGCGACGCCCAUUGAGCUAACCAAGAAAACGAAAUCGCUAUGGGAAAAAGCACUGGAAAUCUGACGAGGGAACCAAUGAACUGUUAAGUGUUGUCUUCGUGUCACACUCCAGCCCAGUAGAUGGCGGUGAUAUACCAACGUUGGUUUUAAAACGACAAUAAACUCCGAUGAAGAAGAAGACAACAAUAACAACAACUUCCGCUUCACCCACUGUGGCUAGCUCACUGUAGCCUACAGUUCUGUGUGCUACCCGCAUACUUCUGCUUAAACUGCUAUGGAAGAAGCUAGCCAUAAUGUAUCAAAACUGGACCGGUUGGAGAGGGGAGAAGAGAUCUUGCCAAAUGAGGACUAUAUUCCUCCGAGCUUUGUUGAAUCUGCAGGGCCUGGAGACUCAGACUCCUGCCCACCUGGGACAUCUGGGAGAGGAGACAGAGCUGGGAGUAAGAAAAGGUCUGUGAAAAUGAAGUCCAGCAUAAAAAUAGGUAAAACAAACAAGAGAAAGAAGGUUAAUCGCACCCCCAGCCUUGGUUAUACUAUCCAGCAAGGGGAGGACAUGCUUCUCAUAAUCUCCAAUGACCCGACAUGGAAAGUUUGGAAGAGAAAGAAAACCAAAGAAGGCAGAAGUAAACUUCGAACUGCUAGGGUGAAAAGGGAGACAUCAAAAGUUGGGGUAAAAGGCAAAGUGAAUACUCAGAAUGUGAAAUUUGAAGCAGCUGUACUUUCACAUGAACAUGAGGCCUAUGACAGAUGGGGUCAGAACUUGCCAGUGGAAGUUUUGGUGAACAUAUUCAAACUGGUGGUAAAGAAAGAAGGACCAAUACCAUUCCUUUGCAGGGCAGCCAGAGUUUGCCAUCUGUGGAGUGGUGCUGCUACUCAUCCAGUUUUGUGGAGCAGUGUGGCAAUUGGGUACUGCUGGAUUGAGCCUGGGAAGACACAGUCACCAAAAAUGCAAUUGAAAGUUCAGGACACCAUAAGAUGGUUGGCUGAAAACAGAUUCUCUCAGCUAAGGGAGUUUCAUCUAUGUCAUUGGAAAAAACAUGUGGACUAUGUUGUCCAGGUUGUUUCUCAGCACUGCCCCCAGCUCUCUGAACUGAUGCUGUCACACUGUUCAGUUUUGACUGAGAAGGCCUUUCAGAAUCUUGGAAAAAACUGCCCAUCUCUUGAAAGCAUCAAUAUGCAGCACUCGGAGGUACAGGUUGAAGGCCUAGUCAGUUUUCUGGAAAUGCAUGGGAGUCAAAUAAGGAAAAUUCUCUUUAGCUAUGGAGCUAAAAGUGACAGACUUCUCACUGCUCUUGCAGGGGGAUGCUGCCCUGAGCUAAAACUGUUGGAAAUUAACACUAAACUGAACAGUGGAUAUUGCCAGCUUCCUAUCUGCAUACAGGCUUUGCAAAGUGGCUGCCCCAAACUACAGGUUUUUAGAAUGCUGAAUGUCACAGCAAUGCCAAAAACAGCCAGAAGAGGUCCGUGCUCUGCCUCUGGCUUUCCACUUCUAGAGGAGCUGUGCAUAGCAUCAUCCUCUAUGUCCUUCAUUAUGGACCAAGACCUGAUCACUCUUCUCCAUGGCUCCCCCCGCCUACGAGUCCUGGACCUGCGUGGCUGUGCACGCAUCACCGCCAUGGCUCUCUCCACACUGCCCUGUCAAGAACUGGAGUGUCUGUUUUGGGGCCUGUACUCCAGUAGCAAUAGCAUGACAUCAUCUAAGAAGGGCAUCCACCUGCUGACAGAGAAGUGGAGCCACACCCUACAAGAGCUGGACCUCAGCAGCCAGCCCUUCUCUGAACAGGACUUGGAGGUUGCCAUGGGAAAUCUAGCUCACAGCACUGGGGCUGAUGGAUUGCGUUCGCUAAAUCUCAGUGGAACUAAGAUUACCUCAAAUGUCCUCAGGUCAAUUAUAAGCCACUGCUCAGAACUCAACUACUUAAAUCUGUCAUCUUGCCGGUAUCUGCCCAGAGGCCUGAAGAGGGUUUAUCGUAGUCAAGAGGACAUCCAGCAACUACUGGACAAAUUGCCAUUAACUCGAUGAGUCGGGAACAUCACCAUUAAUCUUUUUAAAUUUUUUGUGUUUCUUUUGUUUUGAUUGGAUACAUCAAAAUAUGCAAAUACAAAUGGGAGAUUAACACUGACUGCCUAUUUUUGUACAGUAUUGUACCAUACAUUUUGUACUAUUCAUACUUAUAUGGAUGUGGGUCAACAUUGUCUGUAGUGUUUAAAUGUGAUUAAACUUUUGUACUGAACCAA